CCAGCCCCGGCGGCUCCUCCUGCCUCGGCCCCGGCUCCGAUUGUUGACAAAAGACGCUGCGAGAGAGAGGGAGACGGAGGCCGGACCCCCCCCUGAUGGUGUGGCCGAGGUGUUUCGGUGUCGGUCGGACCUCGUAGCAGGGCCAGCUUGAACCCCACCACCACCACCACCACCACCACCUCCUCCUCCUCCUCCUCCUCCUCCUCCUAUUCUUCUUCCUCCUCUUCCUCCCCACUGCUGAAGGACUUCGCAGGAUCAACCCGGGCUGGAGCCCGACAUGCGGGAGUCUCAGUGAUCGGCCGGCGGUCGGACUGGUGCGGACGGACUGGUCCGUGCACCCGGGAAUGGUGUGAUCCGGGACGGGCAGGCAGUCUGGAUCUGACCGGGGACCCGUCGUUCCCCCGGAGCCUCCGCGGCUCCAAGCCGCGUCCCGAGACCUCCAAAAUGGGGAAGUGCGACGGCAGAUGCACGCUGCUGGUGAUAUGCUCCCUGCAGCUGGUGGCAGCCCUCCAGAGGCAGGUGUUUGAUUUUCUGGGGUACCAGUGGGCUCCUAUUCUUGCCAACUUCCUGCACAUCAUGGCCGUCAUCUUGGGCAUGUUUGGCACCGUGCAGUUUCGCUUCAGAUACCUCAUCUUUUAUGCAGUAUGGCUGGUCCUUUGGGUGGGAUGGAACUCCUUCAUCAUUUGUUUCUACCUGGAGGUUGGAAACCUGUCCCAGGACAGGGACUUUCUCAUGACCUUCAACACAUCCCUCCAUCGUUCUUGGUGGAUGGAGCACGGUCCUGGUUGCCUGGUAACGCCAGUGCUAGACUCUCGCAUAGCCCCCGAUGACCACCACGUGAUCACCGUGUCCGGGUGUCUGCUCGACUACCAGUACAUCGAGGUGUUGAGUUCAGCCAUCCAGAUCCUUUUGGCCCUCUUCGGCUUCGUGUACGCCUGCUACGUAAGCAAAGUCUUCCAGGACGACGAGGACAGCUUUGAUUUCAUCGGUGGGUUUGACUCGUACGGCUACCAGCCUCCUCAGAAGUCCUCUCAUCUCCAGCUGCAGCCUCUUUACACGGCUGGUUAAGUGUUGGAGGCACCCUCUUGUGGCCAAACGCCGGUGGAGUGCGUCUCUGUGGAUGGAGAGGCAGCAGCGGGUCGCCCCGGUUUAUACUCACUCUCUGUGUCACAGCUUACCUGAGGAACGGACUUUUAACCCCACCCAGAGGGAGAGAUGUUUGUGUAUGUGUGCUUGUGUCUGAGAAAGGAAAAAAAAAAUAAAUAAAUGAUAAAAAUACAACCCUGACUGGAAUGUACCGAGUUCCGGAGAGGAACAUCGUGCCAGGAGGUUUGACGUGAAGAAAGAGGUGGAAAAGAAACGAAGAGCAGGAGCUGGGACGUGUCUGUCAAAUCACAGAAGAAACCAUUUUCUAAACUGCCAGAUCUCAACACUCCCUCGUGUGUGUGUGUGUGUGCGUGUGCGUGCAUGUGUGUGUGUGUGUGUGUGUGACCUUGUAUAACUUCACAAGACAAGCUGUGUGGUUGCACCCUGGACUUGGUGCCCAUCACUUUUUUUUUGUUUUUUUUUUUGUAAGUGUGUCUGUUAAUCUUUGGGUGGGUGGGGGUCACAUAAUAAAAAGAGGCACAGCGUGUACCUGUUGUCGUUUUAGAACGUGGUGAUGUCAAACUAGAGCAGUCUUACAGUUUCCUGUUCCUAAAGCCAUCUUUAACCUCCUCCCAGGUGGAAACAACCACUAUUGACAUUCAACCUUUUUUUACAUCGCAGCCCAGACAUUAUUUUAUCUUUUUUUUUUUUUUUUUUGUUAAAGCGAUGAAUGUGAUUAAAAGGUUUGUCAUAUUCUCUUGGUCUUUCCAGCUUCCCGAAGGAGCUUUGGCCAAAACCCAUUUAUUCUGCAUUGUUUUUAAAAUGACCUCCUUACAACAGCUGGCCUGCACAAUUUUUCACAAAGGUCAGUGCAACAGGAGUAAAUACCGCAUUUGUCGCUACUAUUUUGAGCCGCGGGAUGCGGUCCCCUUAUAAGUAUUAACAGUAGCAGGUUGACAAGUAGGACUGAUUCAAAAUAAACUAGGACAGUCUGAUCCGCCACCACGGCCGAUGCCCUAUUUCAUGUUUUUAAGAAAAAGUGAACUUCUGCCUUUUUAAAAUCCAUCAAUGUACCUCCACCUGUCCCUACAAGUUUCAUCAAAUCCAGCUGGCUAGUUUCAUUAAGUGACAUACAGCAAUCAGCACAGAGCAAUCCUUUGCAAGAGUGUUUCACUGUUGUGUUUUAUUUUUAUUUUAUUUUAAUAGAGCAGUACUUAACAGAGAAAGUCUCUAUUGAGCUUUUAUUUUAUAAUGAUCACCUCAUUGUCUUAAUAUGAUUUGAUUACAGUGCCAAGUUAUUUUGUUCCUAAAAAGCAUCUUUCCAGCCUGGUGUGCACGUGUCCACUAGAGAUGCAGAUGGCUUUGGGAUCAGGCAUUAGUGUGUCCAUGGGGGAUGGGGCAACGGGGAAUACUGUGCAUGUAAAUAACAAGCCAAUGAUUGUUCUGUUCUGUUGGAUCCAUUUAGAAAAGGGUUUGCACUGGGUAGGAUGACAAAGAAAGAAGGUUACAUGUCUUUUUUUUUUUUUUUUACCUCAUACCUGUUUCUCUUCAUCUCUCUUCUUGCAUAUCCUUAUCCUGCCACUCUUUUUUUUUCAUUAUUAGUUAAUGUUAUCCUUUAUUAUCUCAGUAACUACAAGGCUCCAUGCAAUUUAUUUGCUGGUCCACACCAGAUAUUGGCAAUAAAUGAGACUUGGCAUGUAAUGAUAUGUUCUGACUUUUUUGUUGUAGAUGUAGAGACAGAAAGAGGGGAUGAAGGAAACAGGUAUGAGGCGCAGACCCUCUUUGGAGUAAGGUGAAGUUUGAAAUAAUAAAAUUACACUUUCUACAUUAAA